AGCCUCGGACCUGCCUGACAAGUAGCUAGCCAGUAUCACUAGGCUACCCACUACAAGCACUUAACACUUCUUACACAUUCGGAACUACUGCAAGCGAGUCGGUCUAAUCACGGCAAAACAUGAUGACAAAAUAUAGUUAUAGAAAACACAGUAAUUACAAGUCACUUAAAGUUUUCUUCUCGUUGUGACUAUAAUAUAUAUAUCCGCGGCACUAACUGGACAUCAGCGGAGAAUUUCUUAUGUGUAUUUUUUUUAUAUAUAUAUAUGAACAAUACAUCUGUAAUAUUUAAUGUCAAUAUCAAUUUGGUCCUCAAAGUUUGUCUGAGGGAUAUUUCGAAGUGACGAUGGUAAACGUACAAUGGACGGUGUGUUGUUUCCUGGCUGUGAUCGUCUAUGUGUCGGAGGCAGUCACUCUGAAGCCUGGACGCCGUGUAUGUCCUGUGACGAAGCUGUUCAAUCAAAUCGUUCCUAUGAAGCAGACAUACAAGAAACCAGUAUAUCAUUCCAACUGUCGAAGUCUCGGCAUACCGUGUAAGGGCAAAAAGUUACUCUAUAAGACGGCCACGAGGACUGUGUUUUAUCGUCGGAUGAUUCACGACACCGUCCGGAUAUGCUGUCCUGGGUGGAAGCGGCAAAACAGCCGUCGCCAUCUUGGCUGUAUGGAACCAAUUUGCUCAGGGGGUUGUCAAAAUGGCGGAACGUGUGUUGGCCCGGAGCAGUGCGCAUGUCUGAAGCAAUUUACAGGAUCCUCUUGUGAACGAGAUGUGGACGAGUGUUUGAUGAAAACACACACCUGCCAACACCUGUGUAAUAAUACCUACGGGAACUACGAGUGUGCCUGCUACGACGGCUUCCGGCUGACAGAGGGAAGGAACUGCGUGUUUUGUCCGCUUUGUAAUCCAGCCUUUGAGGAAAUGAUGAACAAAGUCAAUGACCUCCAGACUAGGGUCAUAUUCGUGGAAAAGGAGAAGGAUGACUUGCGGGGUAAUUUAACUCUGCUGGAAGGUCGAUACGAGCAGACUAUCAACAUCGUGGCGGAAGUGAAGCAGGCAACCAUAGGAACGCGCACAGCGCCACCUACAUCCACCACAACCACUCCCGCACCAACAACCACGCCCACCUCCACAACCACUACCGCUCCCACAACCACGACCACCACCGCUCCCACAACCACGCCCACUACCACAAUUGACCCAUUUGACCAGCCAUAUAAUGACGUCGGCUAUCUAAUAAAUUCUCUCAGCGAACAGAUAUCUCUACUAGAAGAGCGAAUGGCGGACUGUGAAUGUACACAAGGUGGACGAGGACGAGGUUAUGACAGUAGAUACGGUUACAACAGACCUCGCGGGGGCAGACACAGAGGGACCAUUGAAAAGUAGUUAUACCUUCACUAUCAAGACCUGCUGGGAACUCAAAACAAAGAAAUGUCAAGAAGUAAAACUUCGAAGAGGGGAUGAUUCGAAUUUUCAAAUGAAGAAGGGACUUAUUUGCGUUGAGAACCGUCACGUGAUUCCAUUCCUAUGUCACAUAUUAAACUCCUGAUGUAAAAUCUCCACCAGUUUAAUGACGCAAUAUUACGUUAACUACUUGCAUCCUUAUUACUACGUGGAAUCCAUUGGUCAUGCUCUAGGUAUUCUGGAAACAACAGUGCUUGUACUUUGAAGAUAACCAGAAGAGCUACGUAUACUCCGCGAUCAAAACCGGUAACUUAUACUUACCCUGAUAUAAUCCUUACUUAAAGUAUUGCUCUUGAAAACCACGGGUAUGCAAGAUGAUUCUGUAACAGUUUCAAGAUAGUCACAUCGUAUCAUCCACAAGGUGACGCGUACAGAGAUUUUUAUUCUUUUCUUUUUCUUUAAGAAUUUAUAUUUAGAGUCGUAUAUGUUGUAAUGGAAACAUUAGCUCUGUAGCGCUAUUUUUACGACAUUCUUUGUCAAAAAUCCCAAAGGUACAAAAAGAUAUGUGAUAACGGAAGCGGAACCCUUAGAUUUUAAAGAAAGCGGAACUUUAUCUUCUGUAAAAAGAAAUAAGCUGCCCCACACAAACUGUUAGGUCGAUACUAAUUUGAGUCUCUCGAAUCGACCCGUGUGUGAUCUUCGGCUAGUCUUGUGGCAGUACUGUUCGACAUCGUCUCAACAGGGGCCUGUUCGUUUAUGCGGAACAACCGGUUUGUCUGUCUUUAAAUGUGACAUUUUCGGGUAUAUAUCAUGGCGAAGCUGCAAAUGUUUAUGUAGGCUUGGUCCGCCUGAAAGUACAUGUAGCUUCAGAUUACUAUGACCGAUCUUAUUUCAUAAACAAACAACUCUGGUCGAACCGAUUCAACCGUUUGGACCGCGAUAAACGAGAGCGGCCCUGGAUUAUUGUGUUAACAUUUUAUGUCUUUUGUACAAAUCAGCAAACGAUAUGAUUUUUGUUCUGAAGCAUCAUUUAUGCUAAAACAAUUGCACCUCAAUGUCAUUCGUUCAUUUUCAAAGCACAGUCAUAACUAUACUAGUUAGUAAGUAAGAAUUUUACAGAGACUCCAUUAUGACAGAAAAUAUAUAUAAUCCUGCUUUUCGAGAGUACUCUAUGCAAUCAAUUAAUUAUUCCUCACUAAUCCACUUUUUUAAAAACGUGGCCUUCAGUCUGUAAUAUUUACAGUGGGUCAGUGACGUAAGUAAAUUUGACACCAGACUGCGAUAAGCAACAAUAGUAAUGAUAUGUUAUUGUUCGAUCUCUUUAUGCCAUUUUUAUAAUAAGAUUGCUUCAUAUUCGAAUGUCUUCUAUAUACAGAUAUCUUAUUUAUUAUAUUACUGUGAAUUUUUUUAAGUGUUAUACAGUGAAACCCCGAUAUAUUGCCACUGUUUGUUUUUAAAGUGAGGGAGAUGUGUAAAGGAAAUAUUUAUAAAUGCUCUCACAGAAAUUGAAUAUGUCGAAGUUUAACGAAGUUAUGGAUUAAACAAAUGGCUUUAUAUAGAGAUUCUCCUAAAAACAGUGUGUGUAUACUGCAAAACGGUAAAAUGUUGCUCCCUUUCUAUUUCGCCAUUUGUAGCCAAAACAAGAAAGUGUCUUCAAAACGGAGUCAAACAUUUUAAAAGUUGUUUCGAAGAUUAUGCUAUAAUGUUCAACCUUCAACGUUUUGAAUUUGUUGGUUUAGAAAUGUUUGAGGAAAAUAUUAGGGAGCGACAAAUACUACCGUCUACAGUAUGUCUAUAACUUUACGAUAGUUAUUAUGCGUAUAAUUUGCCUGUGAAUACACUUGUUUCUCAUGCUACCAAAUAUAGUAUUAUGACUCUCACAUGAUACGUAUAAUUCAUGUAUAUGAUGAGUCUCAUCAUUUCACGUCUUGUUUUUAUAAGUGGUGAAUGAGAAUUGUCGUUCGAACGAAAUUAAUUUUAUUAUGAGAGUGUAGACUGGGAGUGUGAGGGUAGAUAACCACUUUUGUAUAUUAGAAUCACUUACCAUUUGAUGGGGGCACUAUGUUGUCACGACAAGGCAAUAAACAAAAAGUUAGAAUGGUGUCCUACAUCAUCUGACUUUUAAUAUUAAGAACAAAAAUUAAAUAGUUUGGUGUCUUUAGCAUAUGGAGAAGGGGAGGCUACUCGUACACGCAAAAGAUUGCAUGUAUCUUAUCCUCUAUAUUGAUUUUCGUGUUAGUCUUUCUAUAAGUGUGACAAUAUUUUGCUUAAGUCUAGAUCUACAUAAUGUACAUGUACCAAUUAAUGUUCCUACAAUAUCUGAGUAUUCCGCGUGAUUUAUCGGCACCAGUGGUGGAUUUAGAUAGGGACCAGUGUAUCUAGUCCCUAUUUUUUAUUUUUUUAUUUAAAAGGACAACUGUAAGACCUUUU